AUGAAGCCAUCAGAAUCAUACUCAUAAAUUUUCUUCAAGAGAUAUAAUGUAAAGAAUUUAUUAGGUUUAUUAGUCAGCUAUUAUUAGCUUAUAAAAACACAAGACCAAACAAAUUAUUAAAACAAAAAAGGGUUGGGGUUGA